AUGGACACAUCAAGGGUCUACCUCAAUUUAAAGGCAUCCAGGAAUCCAGGGUUUCAGCGUGCAUCACCGCCAUCUCUUCCCCCAGAUGCCUGUCGGUGCCCACGCUCCCAUAGGUUGGCUCUGAAACUCACUUGUGCUGGGCUCAUCCUUCUUGUCUUGACCCUGAUUGGGCUCAGUGUUUUAGUGCGAGUGUUGAUACAAAAACCAUCAAUAGAAAAAUGCAGAGUGUGUAUUCAAGAGAACAUAGCUAAACCAACAGACGGUCCAGCUAUCUUAAAGUGUCCAAAAGACUGGCUGCCACACCGAGAUAAAUGCAUAUAUUUUUCUCAAGAUACCAACAUUUGGAUGGAAGGUCUAGUUGACUGUGCUUCAAAUGGAGCCACUUUGCUGCUCAUUCAAGACCAAGAAGAACUGAGAUUCAUAAAGGACUCAGCAAAGGGAAAAGUCGAUUCACUUUGGAUUGGACUAAAUUACACAUUGACAGACAAGAAAUGGAGGUGGAUAAACGGCUCUACUUUACGUUCUGAUGUAUUGCAAGUCAUUGGUGAAGCUACAAAAGACAGCUGUGCCUCCCUCGCAAAGGACACUGUGGUUUCUGAAAGCUGUGUUUCAGACAACAAGUGGAUCUGCCAAAAGGAACUAAAACGUGUCUGAAACCACGUGUGAUGACCCCUGACUGUGAAUCCCAUCUCCAUGACUUUACCAUCCACACCGGAUCCCUGCACCCAAUCUGUCUAGGCUGCUGACAUCCGUGCCCCCCUGCUGUGGAUGGUCUGUAUGUCAAAUGUUUUGCUGAUUGGUCAAUAAAUAAAUCACUGAUUGGCCCAUGGCCAGGCAGGAAG